CUACGUCAUCACGCAGCGCCGUGCUCUCGCUACGCAGUUGUCAGUGUGCUCGGGUUUGUUGUGGUUCUCCGGAGUUUAGUCAUGAGAUCAACAUGUAUGUAGACUCACAUCUGUACACACAGAGGUAGCACGGUGCGGACCGGGACCAGGACCAGGACCAGGACCAGCAGCAGCACCAGGGCCAGGACCAGGACCUCUCUGAGACCCGCAGCAGCAGUGACAGCCUCAGUUCUCUGUUAGCAUCGUUAGCUCAGGUUAGCAUCGUUAGCUCGUUUCUCUCAUGGAGUAUCCCGGAGGAGGGGCGGGGCUGGGCGGCGGUAACGUCCCGGCCUUCCUCACCAAGCUGUGGACCCUGGUAGAAGACCCGGACACCGACCCGCUCAUCUGCUGGAGCCCGAGUGGAACCAGUUUCCAUGUGUUUGAUCAGGGUCGGUUCUCCAAAGAGGUUCUACCAAAGUUCUUCAAACACAACAACAUGGCCAGCUUCAUCAGACAGCUCAACAUGUAUGGUUUCCGUAAGGUGGUGCACAUCGAGCAGGGCGGUUUGGUGAAACCAGAGAGAGACGACACAGAGUUCCAACAUCCGUUCUUCAUCAGAGGAGAAGAACACCUGCUGGAGAACAUCAAACGCAAAGUCACCAACGUGUCAUCUGUGCGGCAGGAGGAAGUGAAGAUGUCUGCAGACGACGUGAACAAGAUCCUGAAUGAUGUUCAGCUGAUGAAGGGAAAACAGGAAACCAUCGACUCCAGAAUCAUCGCCAUGAAACAUGAGAAUGAGGCUCUGUGGAGAGAGAUGGCCAGUCUGAGACAGAAACACGUUCAGCAGCAGAAAGUCGUCAACAAGUUGAUCCAGUUCCUGGUGUCUCUUGUCCAGUCCAACAGGAUUGUGGGAGUCAAGAGGAAAAUCCCUCUGAUGCUGAAUGACUCUAGCUCCUCCCACUCCAUGCCAAAAUACAGUCGCCCUCUCUCAUUGGAGCACAUACAGGCUGCAGCCAGUUUAUUCUCAGCUGACUCCCCUGUAACCUCUGGACCAAUCAUCUCUGACAUCACAGAUGUGGCCACGCCCCCAGGCGAGAAUGUGGUCUGUGAUUGGAGUGACGCAGAGGAAAGCCAAUCACUCAACAUCAAAGAGGAGCCAUCCAUUCCUGACGUGGAGGUGUGUCCUGUUCUUGAGAGCGAAGAUACUCAUGUAGACACGCCCCUCUCCCCCACCACCUUUAUCAACUCCAUCCUACAUGAAAACGAGACUCCGCUGAACCUGAACACCUCCAACACCAAUCCUACACCAGCCGUUCCCAUUGUUGUGAUGAGCCCUGCCUCCACUGGGUCGCCUCCACCAGCCCCAUGCAGCCAAUCGCUUGGCUCUGUUCCCACGCCAAACUCUGCCCUCAGUCCCACCAAACCUCAGCAGAAAUGUCAAACCAUCGCCUGUUUUGACAGACCUCGCCCCCCUCCCUCUGCAGGUGGACUGUCACCUGAUCGUUGGCGCUUCGUAUCAACACGAGCUGACAAGUCUGAACUGUCCAAUCAUGUUGAAUGCAUUGACAGCAGUCUGGAAAACCUGCAGGGCAUCCUGAACACACAAGCAUUCACCUUCGACACUUCUCCACUCAUGGAGUUUUUCAGUUCUUCCUGUUCUUCUGGAGACUUUGAUCUGGAAGGUUUGGACAUUCUGCUGUCUGAAGAAGUCCCUAACGGAAGUGUGGAAAGCAGCAACAUCAUCAACGCAGGGAAGCAGCUGGUGCAGUACACAGCCACACCUGUCUUGAUGUCAGAACCAAUCAGCUCAGAGGAGGCUGACCUGCCGUCCCUCCUGGAGCUGGAGGCGGGGCCUUUCUUCCUUUCUGACCCACCCACUGAUGACCCAGCUGCCGCUCUGCUUAGCCAUGCCUCCCUGGACUCUGACCUCUGACAUCAGCAGGGAGAGCGGCGUGGAUUGUGAUUUAUUGGUCACCAUGGCAACAGGACAGUGGCAACGCUGACUCAGCAGCAGCAAGGGAUGAUGAUGUUGAUCGAUCAGUAGGUCAAAGGUCGAGUUAUAUUAUGCAGAUCGAUAUUAACCAGUUUAUAUACCUGUCUUCUUCUACUCUUUUCUUUAGCGUUUGUGUUUUCUUCUUUGCUGCUCUUAUUAAAACGUUUGUUUCAAAAACUAAUUUAAAACACCAACAGUCCAAUCAGAAAAUGUGUGAGGAUCAUGUGACCUCUGCAUGUUCACGUCUUUGUUUUCAUGUGUAAAAUAUAUCAGAUUAAGAGAG